AUGGAUGAUGACGAAGGAACAUCAAGCUCCGGACCAGUGUCAUCCUUGAACAGUCUAUUUUCUUUCACCAGUCCAGCAGUUAAAAAACUUCUAGGUUGGAAGCAGGGCGACGAGGAAGAAAAAUGGGCUGAGAAAGCCGUUGACUCGGGUUCCAUGAUUUUUGAUCCCCCGACAAAAUAUCCCCGACAAAUUAUACCCAAGACAAAAAUUACUCGACAAAAUAUCCUAAAUAAGCCAAAAGGCGCUAUCGAAGAUUUGGAGCACGCUCUUAGUUGUCCAGGUACAUCGAGAAAGUGUGUUACGAUCCCGCGGAGUCUUAAUCGGCGACUUCAGGUGUCGCAUCGUAAAGGCUUGCUGCACGUUAUCUAUUCCAAGCAGAAAGAAGUUUGCAUCAACCCUUACCAUUACAAACCCGUUGAGAGUCCUGUGUUACCACUGGUACUCGUGCCAAGACACUCAGAAUAUGCACCAGGGCACUCGUUGCUGCCCUUUGCCCAGAUCCUUUACUACCAAUAUCCUGUUACGUGA